AUCACUGAUGAUUAGUGUAGCCCCAGCAGUGCCACCUGUCAGUGUCCAUCAAUGCCACCUGCCAGUGCCAUCAGUGCCACAUAUCAGUGCCUACCAGUGCACAUCAGUGCCCAUCUGAGCUGCCUUUCAGUGUCACCUAUCAGUGCCAGUCAGUGCCACCUAUCAGUGCCAGUCAUCAGUGCCACCUAUCAGUGCUGCCAAUCAGUGCCACCUAUAACUGCCAGUCAGUGCCACCUAUCAGUGCCAGUCAGUGCCACCAAUCAGUGCGCAUCAGUGCCGCCUAUCAGUGCCCAUCAGUGCUUCCUAUCA